AUGGCCCUCUACGCUCAAGUGAACUCACGCGCCAUGCGCCUGAAGCUGACAAAUUUGGCGCAUAUGGAUCACCAUUUGGCCGAAAGAGAGAAUUGCCAAUUUGAUGAGACUACCCGAAAAGAUUCGGCCACAAAAGCCACGGAGGUGAGCAGUGACACAAAGGAUCAACUGGUCGAACUGUCGAGGGGAGACGCUCAAGUUACGCUAAGCAAUGGGCAAUUGGACAAUAAUAUUACUUCUAGUAUGUUUCUCGCCCCAACUUAG